CGUUGCACCAUUCCCUGGUCUGUGUUAUGAGUGGUGGCCCUUGUGAUGCUGCAGCGAGGCGGGCGGGAGGAAUAGAGGAGAGAGGAGGGGUCGCUCCAUCCCCUCGCGCCCACCGAAUCCACUUCUCACAGCGCGCGGGCUGCUGGCGGGAAGGCACGAGGAAGAGAGAUAGAGAAAGUGAGGGAACGAGAAGGAGGGAGGGAGGGAAAGGAGAGAGCGUGUGUGUGUGUGUGUGUGUGUGUGUGUGUGUGCGUGUCUCCGUGUGUGCGCGUGGAUUGCACCACCGCAUCCCGUUCACCGUUUCUGCAGGCGGCCAUUCUCUGAUGGAGAGAAUAAAACUGACAAAGCUUUCUUUUCCCUCAGAUGUAUCCACCGCCGUGUCAUUCCAGAUGUGACUGACAAGUCGUUGUAUGUCGCCCGCAUUGAGUCCUGUGCUGUUCAUCUCGGAGAGACUGUGACACCAUGGCUUUGGUUAUGGAGCCUAUAAGUAAAUGGACACCAAAGCAAGUGCUGGACUGGAUGAAAGGUCUGGAUGACUGUCUCCAGCAGUACGUGAAGAGUUUCGAGCGGGAGCAGAUGGGGGGAGAGCAGCUGCUGCACAUAACCCAUCAGGAGCUGGAGGAGCUGGGUGUCACCAGAAUAGGACAUCAGGAGCUCAUCCUGGAAGCUGUCGACCUCCUCUGUGCCCUGAACUACGGCCUAGAGACGGAGAACCUGCGGACUCUGUCCCACAAGCUGAACGCUUCAGCGAAAAACCUCCAGAACUUCAUCCUGGGCCGGCGGAGGGGCGGACACUACGAUGGACGAGCUUCCCGGAGGCUACCCAAUGAUUUCCUAACCUCGGUGGUGGAUCUGAUUGGUGCAGCCAAGAACCUGCUAGCCUGGCUCGACAGGUCUCCGUUCGCCAGUGUGACAGAGUAUUCAUUACUGAAGAACAACAUUGUGCAGCUCUGCCUAGAACUAACCACCAUCGUACAACAGGAUUGCACUGUGUAUGAGACAGAGAAUAAGAUUCUCCAUGUGUGUAAGACCUUAGCGGGGAUAUGCGACCACAUCAUCUCUCUGUCGUCAGACUCUCUGGUCUCUCAGUCCGCCCAUCUGGAGGUGGUCCACCUUACCAGCAUCAUGCCCAGUGAAGGGCUGGGGAUGUAUAUCAAAUCGACGUAUGAUGGACUCCACGUUAUCACGGGAACCACAGAGAAUUCUCCAGCAGACCAGUGUAAGAAGAUCCAUGCAGGGGAUGAGGUGAUCCAAGUCAACCACCAGACAGUGGUGGGCUGGCAGCUGAAGAACCUGGUCAACGCUCUGAGAGAGGACCCAUGCGGAGUCAUCCUCACGUUGAAGAAAAGACCUCAGAACACCCUGAGCUCCACGCCGGCUCUGCUCAGGAACGUGCGCUGGAAACCGCUGGGCCUGCAGCCGAUCCCCACCAGCCCCACCAGCACCUCCCCUACACCUGGUGGAACUUUGGGCAUGUCCAAAAUGGAUGGCCCCAGCAUGCAGGACGUCUAUAUCCUCUCUCCUGUCUCUGGACUCUACAGCACCAGGGAGGAGCUGGGUCUGAUGUCAUGCGACGACAUCAGCCGCUACAGCGUGAGCUCACAGUCCGGCUCCAAAGGUUCAGAGGCAGUCAGCUACUACCUGGACCAGGACAGCGGUCAGUACUUCUCCCUGCUGGAGGGAGACGGACCCCCGGGGUCCGACUACGACAGGGGCCGCAAUACGGGGGUUCGCCGGCGGGACAAGACCCCCACCCAUGGUGACCUCAGGCCUGUUUCCAUGCCUCCCGAAUAUAACUGGAUGGCCGAGGCCAAGGAACCCAGCAUGGGCAAGAGAGGGAGCCGAGAUUCAGACAACUCCCUGCUGCGUUACCUUAGCGACGACAAGAUCCUGGUGAUUGAGGAGGAGCCCGAGGGUCCAGGCAGAGAGAGUCGGCGGGAUUCCACCAGACGCUCUCGGCGCAAGAGCCGCAAUCCCAGCAGCCCUAGCUUUCCCAUCAGCCCCUCCCUGCUGUCCUCCACCCUGCGCCUAGACCAACCACCCGAUGCUUUGCCUCGAGGUGCGGACACACUACGAGCAGACACAACAGACAGGUACUCCGGCUCAGGAAGCUCAGGAGCCGCCUCCAUGAGGAAGUCCUUCCAUUACACCUCUCUAAGAACGAAAACCAAAAAGAGAAGUAAAGGUUCCCUCACUAGUGCCAGUCGAAGGAGAAUAUCCUGUAAGGACCUGGGCCACGGGGACUGUGAGGGCUGGCUGUGGAAGAAGAAGGAUGCAAAAGGUUAUUUCACCCAGAAAUGGAGGAAGUACUGGUUUAUCCUCAAAGAGUCCUGCCUCUACUGGUACACCAACCAAAACGAUGAGAAGGCGGAGGGCUUCAUCAGCCUCCCUGAGUUCAGAAUAGACCGAGCCAUAGAGUGCAGACGGAAAUAUGCCUUCAAAGCCUGUCAUCCCAAAAUCAAGAGCUUCUUCUUCGCCACAGAUUGUCUUGAGGAAAUGAACAGGUGGAUGAACCGGCUGGGGCUAGCUGCUAUUGGCUACACACCAGAUGACAAGGUGCCACGCCCUGAUGAAGACUACUGGAGCGAGAGCGAUCAAGACGAGGUCGAUGGCUCAAUGACGCUCAAACAGGAGGGACCCUCAUCCCUCUGUGAUACCUAUCACCGCACGCCAUCAGCUAACUUCCUUCAGAGUUAUGACCAGUUGCCCCGCUCAGUCAGCUCCAUGAGCCUUAUGCGCUCCACUCCGUCCCCACUCCCUCCAUCAAUGAGUGCCUCCACUUCCCCCAUCCCUCCACAGAUGGUCUCUUCCACCUCCCCUCUCCCUCUCCAGGUCAAUUCCUCUAGUCCCUUCCCGGAGCCCAAGCAUGGCCGACAUUUCUCCAGCGAGUCAACGCACUCCCACUCCUCCGCCGAGGACCAGCGCGGAGAUGGCAUGGGCAUGGGCACGGGCACAGGCAGCACCAGUACCCACUCAUCCGGCUGCCGCUCUACCCACCGUGAGCGGCGCUCCUGGCAGGACCUCAUUGAGACCCCUCUGACCAGCGCAGGGCUGCACUUCCUCCAGACAGCGCCGGGGGAGAGUGAUUAUGGGGGCCUAAUGGGGAGCAUGGUUGGAGAGAUGGGGCUGUACGGAGGGCUGGGCAGACAAGGUAUGUCCCCGGAGAGACGCAGACAGGCCACGCUGCCCGUACGGAGACACCACGCCGCAGAGAGGGACAGGGAGCGUGACGGGCCCUUCCCUCUGGAGCGAGGUCCGCACACACACAGUCACACACACCGACGCUCUCACAAGCAACGCAGCCAGAGUCUGCCCAGAAACAGGGACCCCGUGCCAGGAAAGCUGUUGCACACCUCAGCUCAUAUGGAGGAGAGGAGCGAGGACGAGGAGGCAGAGGGGCAGGCUGCAGAUAUGCUCGAGGGUGAGGAGGCAGUGAAUCUGACUCUUACCGGUCCACUCCUGGGUGUGUCAGACCUGCGGGAGUUGAGAGUUGAGAGCAGAGAGAGGAGGGUGUCGGAUGGAAGGGAGCGGCGGGUGUCAGAAGGCCGUGAGCCGGAGCCAUUGGACGGGCUAGAGCAGCUGUACCGGGUCCUGGAGCAAGCCAACGUUACAGUCCUAGGAGACCCAAGACCCUGUAGCAGGCAGGAGUUUCGACGCUGUUACACGCAGAGAGCCAGGGACCCUCUGCUCAACGACAGGCUGCACCGGGUCCGAGCCCUCCGCAGCACAUUGAAGGCCAAAGAGUCGGAGCUGGCAGUAGUCUGCGCCCUCCUGGAGGAGCCUGGCCUGUGCUCCCAGACCUUCAGAGAGUGGAAGCAGUGGCACAGUGAGCUCUACUCAGACAUCUGCCAGCUCAGCCCCGGCACCAACGGCCAGGACGACCUCUCCCCGCUGGCCGCACCUCUCAUGACCCACACACACUCCUUCAUUGAGACACAUGUGUGAGAGAGAGAAGGGGAGAAAAGACUGAACUGACACACACACACACACUAACAAACACACAGAGCUCGACAUUAGCUGAAUCCUUUCUCCUGAUCACGACUCUGAGCACGCACUCACACAAACACUCUCACACACACACACACACAGGAACACACAUUGUAAGAUGUGUAAAUAUCAUAGAUGGGACAGUCUGAGACCUGCGUGUAUGAACUUUUGAUAAUCCUGAGGCCCCCACAGGGUGCCUAUUGCAUGCCUGAACAGAAAGCAUUAAUCUUCCUUUGUCUAUGGAACUCAGCAUAAACUCCACACGCUUGUCGAGCAAAAUGGAAAAAAGGAGACUUUUUAACACGUUUUGUUCCUUUGUAUUUACUUGGUUUUGCAAAUUUUUUUCCCUGUUGAUUUUAGGGGGCAGGGGGAACUAUGUAGCAGCAAUACAGAGGAGAAUCCUUUUCACCACAGCACUGUACUUUUGUACUGAUGAACUUUGCACCCAGAGCCACCAGUUCUCCCCCUUUCUCUCUCUUCUGUCUUUUUUUUUCUCUCACUGCAUAUCUCACUGAUUUACAGGGACCUCACUUGUUAUUCCAGGCUGAUCUGACGGGACAGUGUUGGGAAAGUAAGGGCAGUGACUUUUAGUAUAAGACUGUGAAAGGUAGCCAUCAAUGCUGGUUUAUCUGGUUCCCUCUAGAAACCGAUGAAAACAAGCGUCACAAGCAUUGAGGAACCAUUGUGCUGGCUAGAUAGCACACUAUUUCAAACUGUGAACUGUUAAAAAAACCACAAUUUUAAGAAAGCUCCUCUGAUAGAGUGCAUUCCUACGAUUCAUUUUGCAUUCUCUCUCCCUCUCUUUCUUUCUUUUGCUCUCUCUCUCUCUCUCUCUCUCUCUCUCUCUCUCUCUCUCUGUGUUUCUGUCCAUCUCCUCCUCUUUUCUUAAUCUUUUUCUUUUGUUUCCUCUCUCUCUCUCUCUCUAGUCGUCAAAGACUUGUGUAUAUGUGUAUACUGCUGUGUAUACUGAUGUAAAUGUUUGCGUUCCACUACCACUGUGAUAUGCUUCUAGAGGUAGCGGAGGGAAGACAGAGAGUAUGUAUUUGCGUGGGUGCACAACAGUUUUUUGUUUUGUUUUUGUUUUUCCAUUUUUUUUCUUAAACAGCUAAUGCAAGAGCUAGAGAGUUCUUUUCAAAGGAGUCACUCACUACAAAGAAUGCACUUUCUAUAUCUCUAUAACUCAUUGGCUGCAUCACAGGGUCUAUGUCUCAUCGGCCUCUUUACCAUUGCUGUUCAAAAUAUCAGGUAAAAGCAUUUGCCGUCUCAUUUUCUAAAGAUUUGUGUACAGUCUACAAAUAUAUUUAAACAUAGAAGAAUAUAUAAAUCUAUUUACGUUUUGUGUCAUAGAUAUAAUGUAAAGUAUGAUGUAUUCUAUGCCAAGGUUUUGCAGUGUCCCCCUCUUCACUCUGUAGAUGCAGGGGGUUUAGCAGUUGAACAACUAGGAGGCAGACAACAACAACAACACCAUCAUAGACAGUUGAUUUAACAGUUUUUACUGGUUUACAUCACGGCUGACCCUUCUCCUGGUGAUGUGUUGCAUGAGAAAAGUCCUGGGACUGAUUUGAUUGGACGGGGUAAAAUAUUAUGGAUCAUUUCUGUUCUUUUUUUUUAUUUUAAUUUUUUUUUUAAAUCUUCCUCUCAUGAUUGCAAGAUAAUUAGACUUGUAGCGCAUGAUACAUGCAAAAGUACUGUUGAAGAAUGACCUUUUAUUUGUAUGUUCAUAGAUUUUAAAUAUUCCCUUUUUAUUAUUAGAAAGUGUUUAAAGACACACACUGUACAAUAACCGAGGCAGACAUUUUUGCUCCUCAGUUACUUGAUUUAAUGCAGAUCCUCCUUUAGCAUCCUACCAGGAGGUUUCAAUUUGAUGUUUUGCUUUACAUAGAAAGACUGACACGUGUCCAAAGGCUUCAGGAAUCUUACCUUAGAUAAGAUUCUAAAACGAAAAGCUAUUUUGACAUUCCCUCCAAGCAUAUGGUUGAUACUGGGCAGCCAAAGACCUCUAAAUGGUCUGUAAUGUCUGUGAAACCCGGAUGAAUCGUUUCAUCUGCAAUAUCAGGCCAAGGACUUAACGGUGCCCCCCAGUGUCGAAGACUCUGAGAGACAUGCGUAGCACCUGCUGCAUCCAGCACUAUCUGUACUUAUUCUUCAUACUUUACUGUAGUUCUUUGAGCAUAGGUUCAGGUUUUUCAUCAUGUCACCACGGUCGUGAAAUAUCAAACACACCCCAGAGAUAUAGCUCAUGUUUUUUGAAUGGUUAAUUUGAGAGUACCACAAAGAAACUAAAUGAUGCAAGCACUUUCCCUGUGCCUCCCAACCCUCUCUUUGGCAACGAUGGACUGACUAUACUGGCGAUCCUACACACACACAGCUGUAGAUGAGUUACAAUACAGUUGUAGUCUGCAGACCUCUCUCCGUUUCUCAUCUGUAGCGGUCUGCUUUUUCCAACCGCUGCUCCGCUGAGCAGGCGACACACUGUAGAUUAAGAAGUGCGAGUUACGAUUUGUAGGCACAGGCUGUGUUAUCUCUCCCAGAUCUUUGUGUGUGUAGACCUGCAGAAACAGGCCGAAAAGGGAGAUUCCACUGUGUGUUCUUUCAGGGGUGUACACCUCAUGGUACAUUGCACAGGUGUGUAAGAUGUAAGUUGCACUGCGACAUUAAAAAAGGAACAUAUUGCUCUUUUUCAAGGAUAAUAUUAGCUUACUGUUAUUCUGUACAUUAACUGACUAAAGAUGAUAUUAAAAAAGAAAGAAAAUUACAUUUAUUCUUCCUAAAGUAGCCUUUUUUGGUUUCAUAUAUAUGAAUAUAUAUUACAAAAAAUACAGAUUGUAAACUUAAGUUGUUAAACUUUGACUUCAAUAAACUGAAUCCUCUGCACUAUGA